CUCUCUCUCUCUCUUUCUCUCUCUCUCUCUUCUCCUCUGCUUAUAAAACCUCAUUCUCCCCACUUUCUAUUUUUCCUCACUAUCUUCAGAGAGAAAAUCAAAAUCAAACUCAAACUCAAAUUUUCUUCCGAUUCUUUCAAGUAUUGUUCUAAUUAACAGAUUAAUUAAUUGUUAAUUGAUAUUUAAUGGCGUUGAGUAUGACUCAUCAGAUCGGGAGCCUCGUCGGAACUCCACUACCGACGGAAUCAACCACCGGAGAGCCAACAGCGUCUUUAAGUGCGGCGGCUGUAUGGAAAACACCAGCGACGAAUCUAAGAGUUAAAGCGAGUAGGUCGGAUACUGUAACUGACGGUUUAUCACCGCCGAUGAGUCCGUGUAGAUCGCCGGUACUAGGCGGAAUCAGACCAGAUCUGAAUGCAGCGUGUCAAGCUUUUACUAUGGAACCAGUAGAGGUGGAGCAUGUUGCAGGAUCGAGAUCGAAGAAAGCGAAAGGGAAUAACGGUGUACCGGUUUAUGUGAUGAUGCCGUUAGAUAGUGUAACGAUGGGGAACGGUGUGAAUAGGAAGAAAGCGGUGAAUGCAGCGAUGGCGGCGUUGAAGAGUGCUGGUGUGGAAGGAGUGAUGAUGGAUGUGUGGUGGGGAUUGGUGGAGAAAGAACGACCAGGGGAAUAUAAUUGGGGUGGUUAUAAUGAGCUUAUGGAAAUGGCGAAGAAGCAUGGACUUAAAGUUCAGGCGGUUAUGUCGUUUCAUCAAUGUGGUGGUAACGUCGGCGAUUCUGUGACUAUUCCCUUGCCUAAAUGGGCUGUAGAGGAGAUUGAUAAAGAUCCAGAUCUUGCAUAUACUGAUCAAUGGGGAAGAAGAAACUAUGAAUAUAUAUCACUUGGAUGUGACACUUUGCCAGUGCUCAAGGGUAGAACUCCAAUUCAAUGUUAUGCUGAUUUCAUGCGUGCUUUCAGAGACAAUUUCAAACACCUUCUUGGUGAUACCAUUGUGGAAAUCCAAGUUGGUAUGGGACCAGCUGGUGAGCUACGUUAUCCAUCAUACCCAGAACAAAAUGGUACAUGGAAAUUCCCAGGAAUUGGUGCUUUCCAAUGCUAUGACAAGUAUAUGUUGAGUAGCUUACAAGCUGCUGCUGAUGCUGCAAAUAAGCCGGAGUGGGGAAGCACAGGUCCUACUGAUGCAGGUCACUACAACAACUGGCCAGAAGACACCAAUUUCUUCCGCAAAGAAGGCGGAGGCUGGGACGGUGAGUACGGGGAAUUUUUCCUCACAUGGUACUCUCAGAUGCUGUUGAACCAUGGUGAGAGGAUUCUCACAUCAGCAAAAUCAAUCUACGACAACACCGGAGUUAAGAUAUCAGUUAAAGUUGCUGGUAUUCAUUGGCACUACGGUACAAGGUCUCAUGCUCCAGAGCUCACAGCAGGAUACUACAACACCCGUAACCGUGAUGGCUACCUCCCGAUUGCUCAAAUGUUGGCACGUCACGGGGCUGUUUUCAAUUUCACGUGUAUUGAGAUGCGCGAUCACGAGCAGCCACAGGAUGCUCAAUGUGCACCUGAGAAGCUUGUGCAUCAAGUCGCUUUAGCUACCCAAAAGGCACAGGUUCAUCUUGCUGGGGAGAAUGCAUUGCCGCGGUACGAUGAGCAUGCACACGACCAGAUAUUAAAGGCCUCCCAGUUGUCGGAUGAGACAGAGAUGUGUGCCUUCACAUACCUGAGGAUGAACCAGCAUUUGUUUCAACCUGAUAAUUGGAGAAAAUUUGUGGCAUUUGUGAAGAAGAUGAAAGAAGGGAAAAGUACUGAUAAAUGUUGGGAGCAAGUGGAGAGAGAAGCUGAGCAUUUUGUGCAUGUUACACAGCCCCUUGUGCAAGAGGCUGUUGCAAUGAUGCACUAAGAAUUGUUUGAUAUCAUAGGUUUAGGAAACAGACACACUCACAAUUAGGCGGUGAAAGUUUUAGUGAACCAUCAGCUUAAUUGUGUCUAAAGAUUGUAUAAAUUUGUAUUGUAUUUUGGUAUUCUACUGCAUCUGUUAAUUGCACCUAAAACUUCUGUAUAAUUAUCUUUUAUAAUUAAAAUAAUUUAUAUAGUA